UAACACUGACGGCGUGGAAGCCCGGAGGCUCGGUGAUCAUCUUUCGGAUACUAGUUGUCGCUGAAGUCUGGUCUUCUGGUGGUUUGCUUUCCUGCGGCAUCUUUCUUGGGCCCCACAAAGGAUUCAAUCUUAUCAGUCGUGAAGGAGAGGAAGCAGUUAGUGUUGUCCAUGGUGCUGAAGUGGCUGCUCGGAACUUCUGCGUCCAGGUGCAGGAACUUUCUGCGAGAAAUUCUGUAAGAACACGACUCUGUCACAGAGCAAGUAGGCUAUAUCCUGAAAAUAGUAGUAGCUCAUUUUUAAACUCUAAUAGAAGACGCAAGUAGGUAAAAAAGUUUUUUUUACUUACCACCGAGUUACCUGACAGUGAAUCUUUAGUGCAGAAAAAUGAUGCGUGUUUAACUUCGAGCUUAGUGGCUACUGUUUGCUUAGUCCGUAGUUGUUUAGAUGUUUAUUUGAGUGGUUGUUAGUUUUCGUUGUUGUUUGCGGAAGGCCUACAUGUUUGUUUAAUUAUUUGUAAACCUCUGGACACUGGCGAAGAUGGAGGUUUCUGCAAACGGCUCGAGUUUUGCCAUUGAGUCCUUGCUCUCUCACAGGAGCGUGACUGUACUAACUUCCAGAGGUGGCAGCGCGGGUGGACAGUGCCGGUCCCCGGCGGCUCUGAGCCAUGGGUCGGACCUGGAGUCGGAGUGCUCUUCGCUUCCCUCCCCGCGCAGGGACUCCGUGGAGGACAAGGUGCAGAGACUUCCACCCUCACAAAUCUCCCAGCCGAGGACUAUGACUUCUUCCUUUCUUAUCAGAGACAUCUUGUCCGACUGCAAACCGCUAGCCACUUGCGCUCCCUACUCCAGCGACGCACACCGAGCGCACGAGGAUGACUUUCUGGAUAAAGACCACGAUUCCUCUUCAGAUUGUGAUUAUAAUGUUAGGGACGACACAGACCGGGAGAUCUCGAGCAGUCGCGACAGCCCCACGGCACGCAUGAAGAAGCCCCGGAAAGCGCGCACGGCCUUCACCGACCACCAGCUCGCGCAGUUGGAGAGGAGUUUCGAGCGGCAGAAGUACCUCAGCGUGCAGGACCGGAUGGAGCUCGCGGCCACCCUCAGCUUGACGGACACACAAGUGAAGACGUGGUAUCAAAACCGCAGGACGAAAUGGAAAAGGCAGACUGCAGUUGGGCUCGAGUUGCUGGCCGAGGCGGGAAACUACUCGGCUCUACAGAGGAUGUUCCCGUCACCAUAUUUCUACCCUCAAGGUCUGGUCUCCUCCCUAGACCCCGGCGCGAGCAUGUACUUGUACCGGGGAGCCUCCGCGCCUCCCCCGCCUCUUCAGCGCGCUCUGGUUCCGAGACUGUCCCUUCUCCACGAGCUUCAGGGCGGUGAAGCCCUGUCGGCCCCUCCCCAUCUCGGGCCCCUGGCCACGGCUCUGUCCCGACCGACCCCACAUCGCUGAACCAACAGAGACUGGACCCAGCCCUCCACGGUCAGGACUGAGUCGGUGACACCAGGACCAGGCAGGUGCCCAAUUCAAGGACUCAG